AUGUCUGGUCCUACCCGGCCACCUCCGAAGACUCCGGGUAGCCCGGAGAGACCCGUCCCCCAGAUGUCCGACUCUGGACCAGCCGUGCACAGACAGCCGCCCAAGAAGGUCUCCUCGGACACCCGGCCCAAGUAUGUGGUCCAUGAUCAGAACAGAGGAGGUGGAAUGGCCACUAGGUACUUGGCUACAAGAUCCACAGCUGGGCCCAUGCAGCACCACCACCAAGAGGACCCAGGGUUUCACCCUAAAUCUAAUGACUACAACCAACCACCUACCCAAGGGCUUGAAGAAGACCAAUCCUUGAACCCUCACAUGGACCGCUACCAGCUGAUGCACCUUGCAUCUCCUGAGAAGCCGAUUGGAAACUAUUCGAACAUUGAGGGAGAGAUUGACUCGCUCACCUGCAUGCUGGCUGAUCUGGACAGCUAUUCACUAAGCAGCACACAGGUAGGCUACAUGACUACAUGGGACUCUGUACGACAAUGUGCCUUACAACAAACACAUCUCGGGGGACCGCUACAUCCCCUCAGCCCAGCCAGGAGCCCAAUCCCUCAUUCCUCCAGCCAUCCUGCACCCCCAAACCCCAGUGAUCCCCACCAGGGUCUCCAGUACUUCCCCCAGCCAGACGACACGGACGCCCAGGUCUCCAAACCCUACCCCCAGCAUGUCCCUGCCUCCUACACUACCGCCUCCACCCCUACUGGCCCGAGGCUCAAUGUCCAGGUCAAAACAGCCCAGCCUGUCACCUACUCCCAGACUGGUAGGCAAGGCGAGUGCCGCCGGGGUUACACCCCUCCCACACACCGCCAGCACACGCUGCGAAACUCGCCCCAGAAUCUCGCAUCCCAAGCACAGCAACUGCACUCUGAGGGGAGCUACAAGGUGAGUGCCGCCGGGUCUGCAGUGAGAGUAUCGCAGAGUCCUACUCCCAAAAGAGGCCCAGAGACUCCUCAAUCAGGGUCAGGCUCGGCACCAAGCUCCGCCUAUCAGCCCAUUAAGGGGAGAGCAGCUCUGAGACAAGAGGAGUUGGAUGGGCUCACAAAGAAGUUGGUGUAUGACAUGAAUCAUCCCCCAACAGAGGAAUACCUUGGUAGCUGUGCACGUUGCGGUGACAACGUCCUUAAUGACGUUAGCGGCUGUAUCGCCAUGGAGCAGGUGUUCCACGUGGAGUGUUUCACUUGCGCCACCUGCCACGCCCCUUUCCGGGGGCAACCGUUCUACGACCUGGACAAGCAGAGCUACUGCAGGAGCUGUUACAUUAGUAUCCUAGAGCGCUGCUUUAUGUGCUCCAAGCCCAUCCUGGACCGUAUCCUACGGGCCAUGGGCAAUGCCUACCACCCGCGCUGCUUCAACUGCGUGGUGUGUGGCUGCUGUCUGGACGGCGUGCCCUUCACCCUGGACACCACCUCCCAGAUCCACUGCCUUGACGACUUCCACAGGAAGUUUGCCCCUCGCUGCUCAGUGUGUGGCCAGGUCAUCAUCCCCGAGCCAGGCCAGGAAGAGACUGUCAUUAUAGUGGCGCUGGGCCGCAACUUCCACGUCAAGUGCUAUGUGUGUGAGGAGUGUGGUCUGCUCCUGUCCUCUGAGGGUGAGGAGCGAGGCUGUUACCCCCUGGACGGUCACAUCCUGUGUAAGGGCUGCAACACACAGCACAUCCAGAACCCCUCCGCCAAAAUCUCCACUGACCGCUAACCAACAGGGGGAAAUCACCUCUUACCUUUUAACCGAUGACCCAUCAAUCCUUCCAUUACUUUCACCUGCUCUGGGGUAAAAGUUGCCCUAAGGAACAGAUCUGGGAUCAGUUCUAACCCCUCUUUGAUACAUAACCUUAAUCACAAGGAAAUGUUAACCUGACUUGAAAUCAGUCACGAAGGGGAACUUCAUCCUCAUAGUUGUUCGUUAUUCUUCAGAUGCCCAAAGCUUAGGAAUUAGUAAUAGGCCUACUAUUGAACCUUAACCUGACAGUCUUCAAUGUCAAGUAAAAUUAAAUGAAUUCAUAAGGUUUAUAGGUGUAGGGUAUUGAAACGUGGCUGGAUGUAAGUUCAACCCAUAUUCCUUAUCGUCUGCUUUACACUAUCCUCUACCCCUACUCCCUUUCCACUCCACCUCCUUCCCCUCAGUCCCAUACCAGUACUGUAUAGAGCCCCUGACCUGCAGGCAGCAGGGACUGCUCCACUGCUUCUCACCCACACGAUCCUGCGUGUUUCACACUCUCACCCACACGAUCCUGCGUGUUUCACACUCUCACCCACACGAUCCUGCGUGUUUCACACUCUCACCCACACGAUCCUGCGUGUUUCACACUCUCACCCACACGAUCCUGCGUGUUUCACACUCUCACCCACACGAUCCUGCGUGUUUCACACUCUCACACACACGAUCCUGCGUGUUUCACACUCUCACACACACGAUCCUGCGUGUUUCACACACACCAUCCUGCCCAACAAAGGUGGGACAUGGAAGGAGCUCUAUGGAAAAUUACUGAUAGAUAUUGUGGAUGUGGAGGAUAAGUAGGAAGAUGAGGUGAUAUUGAGGAAUACAAAGUCUUCCUGGCUUGUGAGGUAACUGACCAGUCCAGAUAAUGGAACAAAUAUGGAGACCAAGUGGGUGUAGUCAGUGUGGUGCAGUGAGUAGUUUUUAGAAAGUAGACUGAAGGAAAGAUUGGGAAAAGAACGGGUCAUGUCAAUGCUUUGCUCUCAUUGGAUGUUAACACAGUAUGUAGGUUGUCUUAUAAUAUCUUGCACCACAUGUCAGAACAAAACAUCAAUAUUUUAUUCCACAGGACAGUGAUUUGUAUAAUGAUAAUUGGUAUUGCAUUUUAGGGAAUGUUACUUUUAUACCA